AACGUCUUUUUGAAAAGUUGCUCCAACUGACUUCACAAAAUAUUGAAAUCAAGCUAGUGAGUGAUGUGACAGCUGAUUCAAAGGAGCCGAGGUGACCUACAUGAACAUGACCGCCUACAACAAGGGCCGGCUGCAGUCCUCCUUCUGGAUUGUGGACAAACAGCACGUUUAUAUCGGCAGUGCCAGUUUGGACUGGCGAUCCCUGGGACAGAUGAAAGAACUCGGUGUCAUCUUCUACAACUGCAGCUGCCUGGUCCUAGAUUUACAGAGAAUUUUUGCUUUAUAUAGUUCAUUAAAAUUCAAGAGCAGAGUACCUCAGACCUGGUCCAAGAGACUCUAUGGAGUCUAUGACAAUGAAAAGAAAUUGCAACUUCAGCUGAAUGAAACCAAAUCUCAAGCGUUUGUGUCGAAUUCCCCUAAACUCUUUUGCCCUAAAAACAGAAGCUUUGACAUAGACGCCAUCUACAGCGUGAUCGAUGACGCCAAGCAGUACGUGUACAUCGCGGUCACCGACUACCUGCCGAUCUCCAGCACAAGCACCAAAAGGACUUACUGGCCAGACUUGGAUGGGAAAAUAAGAGAAGCAUUAGUUUUGCGGAGUGUUAAAGUUCGACUCCUGAUAAGCUUCUGGAAAGAAACAGAUCCCCUCACAUUUAACUUUAUUUCGUCACUUAAAGCUAUUUGCACUGAAAUAGCCAACUGCAGUUUGAAAGUUAAAUUUUUUGAUCUGGAAAGAGAGAAUGCUUGUGCUACAAAAGAACAAAAGAAUCACACCUUUCCAAGAUUAAAUCGCAACAAAUACAUGGUGACAGAUGGAGCAGCCUACAUUGGAAAUUUUGAUUGGGUAGGGAAUGAUUUUAUCCAGAAUGCUGGCACGGGCCUUGUUAUCAACCAGGCUGAUGUGAGGAACAACAGGAGCAUCAUUAAGCAACUGAAAGAUGUGUUUGAAAGGGACUGGUAUUCACCUUAUGCCAAAACCUUACAGCCAACCAAACAGCCGAACUGCUCAAGCCUGUUCACCCUCAGACCUCCCUCAAAUAAAGCUGCCACAUACAACGUGAGCACGAAGGAGCCCCUGAGUGUGUGAUGCAGAUGGACAAACUGCCGGACAGCUCUGUAUUUCAUAUUUCCAUGUAAAGGAACUGGAGGAGAGACCAAUUUUUUUUUUUAGGGAAAAAGCACACUUAUAAAAAAUGUUCUCUGAAUGACAUGUAAGAUCUGUCUAAUAUCUUGGCACCGUGUACACUAAAUUUAAGACUUUUGUAUUUGUUACUUCUGACAGAAUGUCAUUCAACUUAGAAGUUAAUUUUUUUGUUUGCAUACAAAUUUUAAGACUGAUUCCUGUUUCUUUCUAGUUUUCGGCCUUUUUCUGCUGACCUAGCUGGUCAGCUCUUAGGAAGCUUAGCAUGAGGUGAGCCCUGUAAUGCCAUUCUGAGAACUGCUGAUUAAGAGAGGAAGGUGAGGAUUCCACCCAGCAAAGAAACUGAUAAAACCAAGCAACUUCCUUGUAAGCCAUCUCCAAGACCUAUACGGCCAUCCGGGAGGUAUAGCUUACAUCUCAUGUCAGCCUUCAACACUCCUGAAAAAUUCCUUUUCGCUUCCUAAUACUCUAAGUUCUAUGUAACAUCAUUUUCUCUUUUCAGAAAAUAUCCCAGUUGUAUAGGUGCCCUUAUAUUCACCUCAACAUUAGUUCCAAGUAUGAUAACGUCUUCCAAAAAUGUAGGAAUCCCUCAGAAUGGAUACAAAAUGGAAACAGCAGUCUUUAAUUUUCCCCUUUCAACUGCAUUUCCCCCUACCAAAUUGGUAUUUUAAAAUCACAGCCAGCAGUACGUAUCUUUCCUCUCAAGAUCAGAAAAAUAAUGUAGCCACCUGCUAAUAUCCAGCAAGCUAUUAAGUCUGCAUUUUGAGGAUAAAGUAGUUUUUCACAUUUCUGUUUAGUUUUAUGGUAUUAUAAAGGAAAGAUCUCUACGCGUCAGUGGAUUUUAACUUCUUUAGAGUCAUUACGCUGAGAAGAGUAUGCCAGCAAACGUUUAUAGAGCUAUUUAAUAUACCUUCUGCUAUUUAAUAUACCAAAUGCUUUUCAGAGAAAUGCAAUUUAAAUACUCUGCUUAACAUAUUUUACUAAGAAACAGAAAUAUUGGAUUAUUGUUCUAUAAUGUCACUGUGUGUUGUGGUUUUAUAUCUAUACAAUAUAUAGCCCUAUAUUAAUAGAGACUAUUGCUACACAAGAGAGACGCAUGGCCUCCUCAGAGCCCAGAGCAGUUGAUUGGGAUGCCUGGUCCCAUUGCUACUUCUGACUCUCUGGCUCAGAACAGAGUCCUUCACUCUUUAGCCUUGGGUUUCUAUUGGUAAUGUAGAGACAGUAAUAUUCACCUACCUCGCAAGGAUGUUGUCAUGGUAGGAAAUAUUUAUAACUUGUUUUGAAAUCAAAAGAACCUAUAUAAAUGCUAAGCAUUAUAAUAUAUAAUCUUUUUCUUGAAAUAAUCUUUGUGGUAUCCUGAGAGAAUCAAUCCUCCCCAAGAACCCAGAGGAAGACAAAUCCACAGCUUCCAGCAGCAAAUGUAGAUGAAGAACACAAAGACAAGCACCCUGGUGGAGAUCUGGAUUGUUGACAUUUCAUUGGGAUUGUGCUAGGGACUAUUCUUUAGAACCACAUAUUCAUCUGUUUCAGAACAAAGACAAGAAAUCUCAAUUAUUGUUUUCAUGUGGACAGGCUUGAUUUUUUAAUAUGCCAAAAAUAAUGAUAAGAAGAAUCUAUGAAUUUUU